UAUUACAUUAAUAAUAUUGUUAUAAUUAUUAUUAAAUUAUUUAUUUGUUACGGUGUAUUCGUGUCAGUAAGUGCUUUAUUGAAUCAUUACAGCAGAUUAACAAGUCACUGACAAUAAAACGUCGGUGUUCAGUAGUUAGUCUCCGUAGUAUAGUGGUUAGGGCGUUAGUCUAGUAGUCCGUAGGUCGUAGGUUCAAUCCCCGCGUGCGUUAAAUUUUAUUUGUUUCUUAGGUUUGCGUUUAUUCCGAUUUUUCUGCAUUGUAUUCGUAUAAGUAUGCAAUUUAGUGAUUAUAUAUACCGUUUAAUAAUUUAAUUAACAAAUUUCUAAUUUUUUUAUAAAUUUUUAAUUUAUGAAUGAAAGGAUAUAUAUUAAUUCCCAUAUAUAUGCUAACAUUAUUUAUGAAUUUGCUUUUGGUCACAAUUUCAUUAAAAAAAGUAAAAAUCGUUAAAUAAUAACGUUAUUUAUUUAUAAUUCGACUUAUUUGUUAUUAAUAAACAAUUUAUUCAUUAAUUUGAAUGAAAACUAAAUCUAUGGGCCCCAGCUGGAUUUUUCCUAGGUGGGCUGUGGCUGGAUUCACCGUUACAAGCCAAGGAAUCGCCCACCUGGGCCAUCCCUGCUGGGACCCACCUAGAACCUGGGAAGCCCACCUGGGACCCACCGUGGGCCCACCUCACUUUUCCACACGGCGAAAUAGAAGUAUCAAAGUAAAGGGACGCAUGAUGAUUCUAAUCGGAGUAAUAGCAACGACCACCCUGAUCAGUUUUACACGUUGUACGCCACUUUCCUACACAACAUUUCGAAGAAGAGAUCUACCAGUUUUGGAUCGUCCCGAACUAGUGCUUCUUUUCGACACACGAGAUUCAAUAUUAGAGAAUGAAAUGUUUGGCUCGGGUAAUGAUCCAAGAUCAACGGUGACACGCAGCAAGAGAAUUGGAUCAUUAUCAAUAAAUAAUUCCGUGGAUGUAUUGAGGCAACGAGUAUUACUGGAAUUGGCGCGCAGAAAGGCAAUGCAAGAUCAAUAUCAAAUUGAUGAGAAUAGACGAAUGAUGCAAACAAUUGGAAAACGUUCGAGUUCCGAUUUUGUGACAAGAUAUCCUAACAGUGCAAACAAUAAGCCAAGCAAUAGUGGAAUUUAUGUAAUUGAAGACAGGCCAAACGAUCGAGAUCCAAAUAAAUCAAAUGUUCGAAUUUCAGACAGAACACACGUCUGGCUAGAUGGGAAUGAUCACGAUCAGGAUCAAGAGCAAAGGGUGCAGACGAAUGAAGUUCAUCUCUUGUAAGGAACCCUUCUUCAAAAAAGAAAAAACAAAAAAAAGAAUCAGGCAGCUUCGCUUUUCCGUCUACGAUUUUCCGUUUUUUGCGAAAAAAUCGUCGGAUUCUUUGCUGCUUAAAACUAUUGAAUCUUGAAAUUUAAGUUUUCCAAAACUGAUUUUUCAAUUAAUUUAAAAAGAAAAAAACAAUAAGGAAUUUUCGUUACAUAUCCAAACACAAGCAAUCUUACAAUUAAAAUAACAUCAUUCUUGAAAAUAUUUUGCAAUUUUGCGAAAUAACGAAGCAGUAUUAUACUAUGUGAUUUUUUUUCUACAAACUGACGAUUUUUGAAUAUUUUUCUUUCGUAACAUUCACCGCUCUUUACUAUUUUUUAAUUUUUCUUUUUUGUAAAUGCGAUUAUUUUUUUUGAGCUUAACCAUCAAUAUAAAGAAGAUAGACGAAGCAGUUUUCUAUAAUUCUCUAAAACUAGAAUUGUCAUCACUUUAAAACCGUAGUCAAUCUCUUUUUAAAAAUAUAAAAUGUGACUCAAUAUAAAAUCAUUGAUCUAUUCCAUUUAUUAACAAAAACAAAAAAAAGAGAAAGAAAAAUUAUUAAAGGAUUAAAAAAAUGAGUCGACUGACAUAAUUGGUUCACGAAUUAAUAAUAAUUGAUGAAAUGUAUUUAUUCAUCGCUACAGAAUUCUGGAAAAUCACUUUUGAAAAUUCGCGUCAAUGUUCUGAAAAAUAAUGUACGUACUACUCCAGAUACAUCGAUGUUAUUAUAGAAUUGAUAGGACAGAAAGUACGAUAUUUUCUGUAUAAGAAAAUUUUUCUCGCAGUGGAGGAAAAACUCGUUUUUAGAUGAUGUGUGUGAAUAAUCUAAUCGAAUAAUAGUUUAAUAUUCACUGUAGAUAUUUGUACCAUACCACUGCUUGUUCUUUUUUAAUUUUCCUUUUUUUACCUUUUUUCUAAUUAAUCAAAUUAUUUAUUUAUUUAUUAAAUAUCAAUAUAUUUAUUUAUUGACGUAUGUAGUGUAUAGUAUAAUAUUUAUUUAUAUAUAGUUGUCAAAGCAUUUCUUGUUAAACACAAAAUUCAUUAGCGACCAAUAAAUUUCGUUU